CACCGGCGGUACCGGCGGCAUGGGGGCACCGGCGGCGGCGGCCGCGGGGGGCCCGGCGCUCGGAGCGCUCCUGGCGCUGCUCCUGCUGGGCGCCGCCGGCGCCGCUCGCCACGGGCUACAAGGUAAGGCUACUGCCGGGACGGGCCCCGGGGCGGCGGCGGGGCGCCCCCGACGGGGCGCCCGGCGGGAGACGGCAGCUGGACCCCCCCCGCCCCGGCUCCCGGCCCCGCUCCCCGGCCCGGGGCCGCUGACAGCGGCUCUGCUCGCCCUGGGAGGUCUGGCAGCUGGGGACAGAGGGGACAUUCAUCCCCGGAGCUCGGGGCGGCCGGCGGUGCUCCCCAGGGCCCGGGGGCAGCUCGGGGCAGGGAGCCGCCGGCGGGGAGCCCGCGGUGCCGAUGGUAGCCCGGGGUCAGCGCGGGCUCCCGGGGCUCCCUUGGGCCCCCCGGGGCCGGGGUCCUCUCACUCCGCCCGGUGCGGUUGCCGGGAGCGGGCGGGCAGCCGUGCGGCGGCGGGACCGGGCUCUCCGUGCUUCCCCGGAGCGCCCCGGGCCGGUGCCGAGGGGUCGGGCCGUCCCUCCGGGGGCUCCCGUCCGGCUUGGUCGCUGCUCCGCGCCGUCCGCUGGGGCGGGUGCCGAUGCCGGGGGGUCUCCGCGCCGUCCCCGCAGCUCCGCUCCAGCUGCGUCCCCGCUCCGCGAUCCCGCGGGGCCGGACCGGCGGGGGAUGCGGGAUGCUCGGGGCUGGCGGGUCGCGGCAGCCGCCCCCGCGGGGAAACCCCGGCUGCGGAGCGGGGGAGCAGGGCUGGCUCCGGGCCGAGGACCCCCCUGGGCCGCCGGUCCCGCCGGUGGCGGGGGCUCCGCCGGUCCCUCUCGGCGCUGCUGGUCCUGGAGCGCCACCGCGCGGGGCCGGGGCUGGGCGGGGCCCUCGGGGCUCCCCCGGCCCCCCCCCCCCCCCGGGGCCCCGGCGGGCCAAGGACCCCCGUUCCCCGCCCCGUCCCGUCGAUCGGGCCGGGCGUGCAGCGGGCCGGGCCGCGGUGCCCCGCGUCGGGCAUCACCACGGUCCUGCGGCCGGAGCGGCGACUGCCCGGCCGGGCUGCGACCCCCGUGCUUGUCUCCCCGCAGUCAUCGACCUGCUGAUGGCGAGCGAGGCCCGGCAGAUGGCCAGCAUAACGCACAAGAUCCGGAUGGAGCUCCUGACGGUGAACGACGUUUACCUCCUCUCCACCUUCCGCCUGCCCCCCAAGCAGGGGGGGACCCUCUUCGGCCUCUACUCCAAGAAGGACAACACGAGGUGGCUGGAGGUCUCCGUGGUGGGGAAAAUCAACAAAGUCCUGGUGCGUUACCUGCGGGAAGACAACAAGCUGCACUCGGUCAACCUGCAGCACGCGCACGUGGCAGACGGGCAGAGCCACACCGUCAUCGUGCGCCUGAGCGGGCUGCGCGGGGACAUGCUGAGCGUGGAGCUCUACGUCGACUGCAAGCAGAUGGACUCCAGCGUGGGGCUGCCUGAGCUGUCGGAGAUCCCCCUGGCAGAGGUGGAGUCCAUCGAGGUGCGCACGGGGCAGAAGGCCUACCAGAGGAUGCAGGGGUUCGUGGAGUCGAUGAAGCUGAUCCUGGGAGGGUCCAUGAGCCGUGUCGGGGCGCUGAGCGAGUGCCCCUUCCAAGGAGACGAGUCCAUCCACAGUGCAGUGACGAGCGUGCUGGCCUCCAUCCUGGGUGAGCAGACCAAGGCGCUGGUCACGCAGCUCACCCUCUUCAACCGGGUCCUGACGGAGCUGCGAGAAGACAUUAGGGACCAGGUGAAGGAGAUGUCUCUGAUUCGCAACACCAUCAUGGAGUGCCAGGUCUGCGGCUUCCACGAGCACCGGUCCCGCUGCAACCCCAACCCCUGCUUCAGCGGCGUGGACUGCAUGGAGACGUACGAGUACCCCGGGUACCGCUGCGGGCCCUGCCCGCCGGGGCUGGAGGGCAAUGGCACCCACUGCGCUGACAUCGAUGAGUGCGCUCACGCCAACCCCUGCUUCCCCGGCUCCAAGUGCAUCAACACGGCCCCCGGCUUCCGCUGCGAGCCCUGUCCCCGCGGCUACCGGGGCAACACCGUCUCCGGUGUGGGGGUGGACUACGCGAGGGCCAGCAAGCAGGUUUGCACGGAUAUUGAUGAAUGCAACGACGGGAACAACGGGGGCUGCGACCCCAACUCCGUCUGCACCAACACACUGGGCUCCUACAAGUGCGGUCCCUGCAAGUUGGGGUUUGUGGGGAACCAAACGUCCGGCUGCGUCCCACAGAAGUCCUGCAGCACUCCCACCUCCAACCCCUGCGACAUCAACGGCUUCUGCGUGUUCGAGAGGAACGGUGAAAUUUCCUGCGUGUGCAACGUGGGCUGGGCUGGCAACGGCAACGUGUGUGGGCAAGACACAGACCUCGAUGGCUACCCAGAUGAGCCCCUGCCCUGCAUCGACAACAACAAGCACUGCAAGCAGGACAACUGCCGCCUGACGCCGAAUUCAGGGCAGGAGGACGCUGACAAUGACGGCAUCGGGGACCAGUGUGACGAUGACGCUGACGGCGAUGGCAUCAAGAACGUGGAGGACAACUGCCGGCUCUUCCCCAACAAGGACCAGCAGAACUCGGACACCGACUCCUUCGGGGACGCCUGCGACAACUGCCCCAACGUGCCCAAUAACGACCAGCGGGACACGGACAGCAACGGCGAGGGGGACGCGUGCGACAAUGACAUCGAUGGGGACGGGAUUCCCAACAUGCUGGAUAACUGCCCCAAGGUGCCCAACCCUCUGCAGACCGACCGGGACGAGGACGGCGUCGGGGAUGCCUGUGACAGUUGCCCUGAAAUGAGCAACCCCACUCAGACAGAUAUGGACAGCGACCUGGUAGGAGACACCUGUGACACCAACGAGGACAGCGACGGGGACGGGCAUCAGGACACGAAGGACAACUGUGCCGAGAUCCCCAACAGCUCCCAGCUGGACUCAGACAACGACGGGCUGGGGGAUGAGUGUGACAAUGACGAUGACAACGAUGGCAUCCCUGACUAUGUGGCACCUGGCCCAGACAACUGCCGCCUCAUCCCCAACCCUAACCAGAAGGACUCGGACGGGAACGGUGUGGGCGACGUGUGCGAGGAGGACUUCGACAACGACACGGUGGUGGACCAGCUGGACGUGUGCCCCGAGAGCGCCGAGGUGACGCUGACCGACUUCCGUGCCUACCAGACCGUCAUCCUCGACCCUGAGGGGGACGCCCAGAUCGAUCCCAACUGGGUUGUCCUCAACCAGGGCAUGGAGAUCGUGCAGACCAUGAACAGUGACCCGGGCUUGGCUGUUGGCUACACGGCCUUCAACGGGGUGGACUUCGAGGGCACCUUCCACGUCAACACCGUCACCGACGAUGACUACGCCGGCUUCAUCUUCAGCUACCAGGACAGCGCCAGCUUCUACGUGGUGAUGUGGAAGCAAACGGAGCAGACAUACUGGCAGGCCACCCCCUUCCGCGCCGUGGCCGAGCCGGGGCUGCAGCUCAAGGCAGUGAAGUCCUCGACAGGCCCUGGGGAGCACCUGCGCAACGCGCUGUGGCACACGGGCCACACGCCCGACCACGUCCGCCUGCUCUGGAAGGACCCGCGCAACGUGGGCUGGCGGGACAAGACGUCCUACCGCUGGCAGCUGGCGCACAGGCCCCAGGUGGGCUACAUCAGGGUGCGGCUGUACGAGGGCCCGCGGCUGGUGGCUGAUUCCGGGGUGAUCAUCGACACCACCAUGCGCGGGGGGCGGCUGGGGGUCUUCUGCUUCUCUCAGGAGAACAUCAUCUGGUCCAACCUGCAGUACCGCUGCAACGACUCGAUCCCCGCCGACUUCGAGCCGUUCCGCCGGUUCCUGCUGGAGGGACGCGAGUGAACGGCCGCGCCCGGGCCGGGCCGGUCCGCCCGACCCCCGCCCCCCCCGCCAGCGGCAACCCGGGGGGCUCCGGGCCCCUCGGCCCCUCCCGGCCGGGCCCCGCGCUCCUGGCCCCCCCGCGGACUUUGCACCGCCGGUACCGGCGGGUGCGGGCGGCAACGGGGCGGGCGGGACCGGCGGGUGGCGGGGCUGCCGCCCCCCCCCCCGCCCCGGGCGCUGCCCGAAGUCUGGCCAUAAAGUUUUGAGUGUUUUUUAGCCUGCGCGCCCGGUUCCUGCGGGGGUCCCGGUGCCCCGAGCGGGCGUUGCCCACCCCGCCCCUCCCGAUGCUCCCGGCUCCGUCCCUCGCCGUCCUCCCGGUGGUCGUGGCGGGGGCGUGUGUGGGGGGGUACCCGGCCGGUGGCACCGGCGGAGCCCGCGGCGGCGGGAGGCCGGGACGAGUGCAAUAUUGGUAGGCGAGAGCACAACACUGCACCGCAUCCCGUCCCUCCCGCCGCCCCGGAGGGACCGGAGGAGCCGCCGCCGCCGCCGCCGCUCGGGCCGCUCCGUGGGAACUGCGCGGCGCGCGCCGAGCCCCGGCGGCAGUGCCCGGUCGCCAUGGCGACGGGUGGCCCGGCAACGCGGCGGAAUGUGC